AUGUCAAGAAAGUUUUGCAUACUUGACACUUGUAACAUUGACAUAUCAUUUUUAUGUGAGAUUCAACAAGCUCAGAAAUUCUUCAUGGAGUCUAAUGAGCCCAGUGAUACAAGAAAUAUAUGGAAAGCUGUGUACACUGCAGUGUGGUUAGCUGCUGUGUCGCUUUUCAUGGAGUUGCUGGGUUUCUCUAACCAGAACUGGCUCACUGCUGGGGCUCUUGGGACAGUUUUGCUGAUCCUUGCUGGCUGUGAGGCACUACUGAGUUUUCAUUUCUCUAGUGCAAUGAUUCAUGCAACUCGGCCCUUUGUUGUGAAUGAGUGGAUUCAAACAAAGAUGGAAGGCUAUGAAUUUUCUGCAUCUGGGUUUGUGGUCGCCAACAAUUCCAUUAACUUUCUGUAUGAUAUUUCCUUUGUAAUAAAGUGGCUGACCGUUCUCUUUGCACAGAAUAUCGUUGCUCAUAUGUCUAAAGUCUUGGCUAAGAAUCCUCAAGUUGAGCAGUGGAGGUUGCAUAGAAGAGUGUUUUUGGAUAAUAUCAAUCCUGAAAACCAGGCUCUUCUGGUUAGUGCUUCUUCUUACAACGGGAUAGUUCCUUAUCUCAUCUCUUACUCUAUUUGUGUCCCAUUGCAGAUAGUAAGAGAUUCUAUCUAUAAACGCGGUGGAAUGGCAUCCAACCAUCCUUUGCUACUAAUUGAACCUUCUUACAGAAUCAAUGUUGAAGAUAAAGCAAAAUCUCAAGCUCAUUCUGGACGAGGAGUUGGAGACCAAGAAAAUAAGGCUGCAUCAAGGUCUACAUCUGACAUCAAAACGGGAGGUAGCCCAAGUCAGACCCCAAGGCCAAAGAAACACCUAAAUCUGAAACUAAGGUGUAUGCCAGAAUUGGUGACACCAAAUUCCAAUGCGAAGGACCACACACAUGCUGCAACAGCAUCAACCUCUGAUAUCAGGGUAGUUUAUAGAAUGCCAGUGAAAUCAUCACCUAAUUCUGUUCCCAAGAUGCCAAACUUUGCAGAAGCAUCAAAUUCUGAAUCCAAAGCAGCAGGCUCAGUUUCCAAUAACGUGUACAAAACAAAAAGAUUUUCUUUAACAGAAGCUGGUACUGAGAAAGCAAGUGGAGUGCAGCCAUCUUCCCAAUUGAAACAGGGAGCUGAGAGAAUCAAUCACUCAGCCGGCUCAAAGAGAACCAUUCCCAUCCCAUUCAACUCCAGAAGAGGCAAUGGAAAUGGCUGCUGCGGGCAGAAAUGGAACUGUAUAUCUCCAACUGGUGAGAAGGAUGGGAAAGAUGAUCAAAGUCCAUCCCCGCCUAGUUCUACAUCCGCCGACCAGUGA